GUUUUGCAGACACUAUUUUAUGCUGUCUCCUUUUUGACGGAUCUCCUGCUUCCAAUAAGAGGAAUUAAAUUAGUAAAGUUUGUUAUCUAUUGCAGAGACCUUCUCUUCUCUGUUCUGGCUUUUCCAGCAUCAACUUUUGUGUUUUUAUCCUUCUGGGCAUUGUAUACAUAUGACAGGCAGUUGGUCUACCCCGAAGGUCUAGAUAAAGUCAUUCCACUAUGGCUGAACCACGCUGUGCACACAGCUGUGUUCCCUAUUGCUGUCUUGGAAAUUGUAACAUCACCACAUCACUAUCCUCCAAAGAGAAAGGGACUCACUCUCUUGGGGAUUUGCUCAGUAGCGUAUCUAAGCUGGGUUCUUUGGAUUUACAUCGCUGAUGGCAACUGGGUUUACCCUUUUCUGGGAUUAUUAAAUCCAUUUGGUUUUAUAUUAUUUUUAUUGAGCAGUAAUAUACUGGCAGCAUUGGUGUACAUUGCUGGAGAUACUCUGAAUUAUCUGAUUUGGGGUAAGUUCAAGAAUAAAAGAGAAUUACCCUCACUUCCUGUCCUGUUGACUGAAAUGGAAAUGCUUUUUUUCUAUAAUAGGGUAAUGUUAGAGUCCCUGUCAAUUUUAUUUUCAAUUCACUUCCAAGAGUUAUUAAUAUUAUUAUUAUACAGGAUUUAUAUAGCGCCAACAGUUUUCUCAGCGCUUUACAAUAGAAAGGGAGACAAUACAAUUAGAAUACAGUUCAAUACAGAAGGAAUAGGAGGGCCUUGCUCAUGGAGCUUACAAUCUAAAGAGUAA